AUGGCGAUCCUUCUUGUUUUCUUUUUAACCAUUAUCACCACCGUCUCCGCCAUUCCCACCACCGCCCCUGCCAAAUCUGAUUCAUUUACUCCUCCCGAUAACUACCUCCUAGAUUGUGGUUCCUCCUCUCAAACCACCCUCCCUGACAGACGUAUAUUCUCCUCUGAUUCAACUUCUUCACAAUAUUUGAAAUACGGUGGCCGUGAAAUUGCGAUUGUUGAUCAAUCUGCCGAUGUGCCUCUCCCAAUUUACAAAUCUGCCAAGGUUUUCGAUGCUGAAGCCACGUAUUCCUUUCAUAUCACCAAUACCGGUUGGCAUUGGGUGAGGUUGCAUUUCUUUCCCAUCCGGAAUAACGAGUUCAAAUUACAGCAGACCAAGUUUACGGUGGUCGCUGCCGACAGUUUGGUCCUCCUCCAUGAAUAUGGUCCCAAAGAAAUGGAAAUGCAGGAGUACCUUAUGAAUGUGACAUCAGAGCGUCUAAAUCUUAGGUUCUCGGCCAACAAGGAUUCUCCGGCUUUCAUCAAUGCGAUUGAGGUGGUUUCUGCUCCUGAUAUGUUGAUUACAGAUAACAGCGAUGCUCUCUUCCCUGUCGGUCAAAAGGUUGAUGGAAUGACCAAAUACUCGUUCCAGAAGAUGUAUCGGCUGAAUGUUGGCGGUCCUACAAUCGGUCCAGGAAAUGAUACCCUCGGGCGAACAUGGAAUUCUGAUGAGAAAUUCCUCAAGUCUGCUGCAAUGGCGAAAAAUGUCUCAAUCGCACCCAGUGUUGUUACAUAUCUCGAGGGUGGUUCACCCUUGAUUGCACCGCCGACGGUGUACGCAUCCCUAAUGGAAAUGGGGGCUUCCGAUACAAUUGCACCAAAUUUUAACAUCACUUGGGAAUUUGACCUCGAUCAUGCCUAUCCACAUCUUGUUCGUUUGCAUUUUUGCGACAUUAUCAGCAAAUCGCUAAACGAACUAUAUUUCAAUGUGUAUGUUGGCGGCAAAAUCGCGAUCUCGGCCUUAGAUUUGUCGACGGUGGCCAACGGUUUAGCAGUCGCUUACUACAAAGAUGUUUUUGUGAAAGCAAAUAUGGUUUCGAAGCCGUUUUUGGUUCAAGUAGGCCCAUUAAACGAACCAAUGGGAACCAAAAAUGCCAUCCUAAAUGGUCUUGAGAUCUUGAGAAUGAACAAUUUGGUGAAUAGCUUAGAUGGGGAGUUUGGAGCUGACGGGAGGUCGACAUAUGGUCCAAGCAGGGGCACGGUGGCAGCUGUUGGGUUCGCGAUGAUGUUUGGAGCCUUUGCUGGAUUGGGUGCGAUGGCUGUGAAAUGGCAAAAGAGGCCUCAAGAUUGGCAGAAGAAGAAUAGUUUCUCUUCAUGGUUGCUUCCACUUCACGCUGGCGAUGCAAGUUAUACGCAAUCAAGCAAGACCUCAUUGGGCUCGAAAAAGAGCGCUUUCCAUUCAUCGACUAUGGGGUUGGGUCGGUACCUUUCGUUUUCCGAGUUACAAGAUGCUACAAAGAAUUGGGAUUCUAAUUCUGUGGUUGGUGUCGGAGGUUUCGGCAAUGUGUACUUUGGAGUACUUGAUGACGGUACAAAAGUCGCCGUGAAACGCGGUAAUCCACAAUCCGAACAAGGCAUAAAUGAGUUCCAAACGGAGCUCCAAAUGUUGUCAAAACUUCGCCAUCGUCAUUUGGUGUCACUAAUAGGGUACUGUGACGAGAAUUCUGAAAUGAUCCUCGUGUAUGAGUACAUGGAACAUGGGCCUCUCAGAGACCACUUGUAUGGAAAAAACUUGCCCACAUUGUCAUGGAAUCAAAGAUUAGAGAUUUGCAUUGGGGCUGCCCGUGGGCUACACUACCUUCACACUGGGGCAGCUACUGCCAUCAUCCAUCGUGAUGUGAAGACCACCAACAUUUUGUUGGACGAGAACUUCAUCGCUAAGAUGGCAGAUUUUGGGCUCUCGAAAGACGUAGGGAUGGGAGAAGCCCAUGUGAGCACUGCAGUUAAAGGAAGCUUCGGAUACUUAGACCCUGAAUACUUCCGUAAACAACAAUUGACGGAUAAGUCUGACGUCUACUCCUUUGGGGUGGUAUUGCUCGAAGUGUUAUGUGCGAGGGCAGCCAUCAACCCGUCCCUACCUAGAGAACAAGUGAAUUUGGCGGAAUGGGCUUUGCAAUGGAAGCGAAGAGGUCUAUUGGAUAAAAUCAUAGACCCUUCCUUGGUAGACCAAAUCAAACCCGAGUCAUUGAACACGUUUGCAGAAGCAGCCGAGAAAUGCUUGUCCGAAUACGGGGUUGACAGACCUACCAUGGGAGAUGUGUUGUGGAACUUGGAGUAUGCAUUGCAACUACAAGACCAAGGAAAAACAGAGGAUGGAGGUAGUGGGUUGGCAUUGGCGAAUGGCGCUCCACUUGCUCCCACCGUUGAUAAUAGACCUGUCAUAACGCAAGCUCAAGGCAACCAAAAUUCUGCCCAAGUCCAGAUCAUUGAAGAGCAUUCUGGAACUGCUAUGCUUGCACAAUUUGCAAAUCUCAACGGUCGAUAA